UAUAAUUUUUUGUUUGCUUAGUUUUCGAAGUGUUUUUUACUUGUAUUUAGCCAAAAAUAUUGGAAAAAAAUAGCAAAUUUUGUAAUGCAAGAAUAGAAUGUGUCGAAAUUUCCGGGAAAAUGGGGUUAAAUUAGUAUUUUUUUGCCUGCACGCUGCAAUAGCUAUUUUUUAAGCGACUGUGGGCAAAUUGUUCUACGAACCCCGACAACUUUGCUGAUUCGUAAGAAAAUCCGCGCAUUGCCAUUUGUAACCAACACUACCGUAUACGACAAGAAAUAGUUCUAACGGAAAUCCGCGCAAAAUUGUUGCGAAAAUAAAUGAAUGCAUGAAAUGAAUGAUUCAUUUAAAUGAAAUGCAUUCAUUUAUGCAUUUUUUCCUCUCUUUGGUCACGAUAACUAAGAACACAAGAGCGAUAAGACGGAAAAAAUAUUCUCCGCGCAAAAAUCCUAGUUUUAAAUCUGGUUUAUGAGUUUAAACCAUGAAAAAAUCACAUAAGUUCCCGCCUAGCAACAUACAUAAAUAUAAAAUGUAUAUUUUAUUAAAAGGUUAUCUCCAGGGCAGUUAGAUGUUGUUUUAGCACAAUAUACACAAAAUACACACCUAUAAGCUCACUAAUGCACAACACACCCAUAUAUACACAUAUACACACCAAUAUACAUAUAGUUGCGAAAAUUUGUUUACCUUCUGACUAAAUGCUCAAUGAUGAAGAAUAUGAGCUUGAACCACUGUUGCUUAGUGACCAAUCUGCAACAAGUAACAAACAGAUUGUUACGAAACAAAAGAAAGGAUUUCCGAAAUGCAUUUUCUUUAUUCUCGGAAACGAGUUUUGCGAAAGAUAUUCUUAUUAUGGAAUGAGAACCAUCCUUGUAUUAUACUUGAAGUAUUACCUACAUUGGGAUGAAGACACAGCUACUGCAGUCUAUCAUGCGUUUACUGUGCUUGCUUAUCUGUUCCCCAUAUUUGGUGCUAUAGUUGCUGACAGUUGGUGGGGAAAAUAUAACACAAUCUUGUAUUUGUCCAUUGUGUAUGCCCUUGGUAUGAUUCUCAAUAUGUUGGGAGCCAUUGGAACGCUUGGAAAUACAACAGUACACGCCGUUCUAUCGUCUAUGGGAUUACUGGUGAUCGCAUUCGGAACGGGUGGUAUUAAACCUUGCGUGUCAGCUUUUGGUGGAGACCAGUUUGAUGAAGACCAGGAUCAAUAUCGCCGAAGUUUCUUCUCGUUAUUUUACUUCGCAAUUAACGCUGGUAGUUUGGUCUCCACAUUCGUUUCACCAAUUAUUAGAGAUGAAGUUACCUGUUUUGGUGAUGAUUGUUAUGCACUUGCGUUUGGAAUUCCUGCCGCCCUUAUGGUAAUUGCUAUAUUUUCAUUUUUCAUGGGAACAAGGUUCUAUUACCGCCAACCACCAACUGGGAAUAUCUUUUUUGAGGUUCCUAAGGCUAUUUAUAGAGCUCUGAGUGCAAGAUGGAACGCUCCGGUAAAAGACAAGAAACAUUGGAUGGAUUAUGCUUUGGAGACCACAGAUGCGAAACUUGUCCGAGAUAUCAAGUAUGUCCUUCGUAUUGUGGUCCUUUACAUUCCCCUUCCUUUAUUCUGGACUUUAUUUGACCAACAAGGAUCAAGGUGGACAUUACAAGCUGUGAGAAUGGAUGGUUAUGUGGGGAGUCUACGUGUACUACCAGAUCAAAUGCAGAUAUGCAACCCACUAAUGAUCGUUACGCUUAUUCCAUUAUUUGAAGUUACUUUAUACCCAUGUCUUCGACACUUUAAGAUCAAUUUCACACCCCUGCGAAGAAUGACACUUGGUAUGCUACUUGCUGGACUUGCUUUUGUUGUUGCUGCUUUAGUUCAAAUGAUGAUUGAUGAGAACUUGACUAAAGUCCCGGAAACAAAUGGCCAAACUAGUCUACGUGUGAUCAACUCCGCGCGAUGCGAUCUCAGCCUUAAUAUUGAUCUGGAAAAUUGGGCCCUGGAUGAAGAAACUGGGAGCGGGGGUGGGAUUGUGAUCGGUCCUUCUAAUUUCACCAACACAAAAGAAGACAUCAUACACCCCCAACCAUUCAUAGCAAUGUAUGAGUGUAUGGACAAUUCUAAUAAGAAGGGCAUUGUAUCUGAACCAUUGUACGGUAAAGAAGCAAUGGACUUGAUAAUUAGCGAUAAUGGGGACACAUUAAAGUCAUUUUAUGCUCCCCACCACACUGAGAAAUCUGACAGUGGAAAAGCCUUUGUGAGGAUCGUGAAUGCUGCAAAUUUUCCCAUUAAUAUUGGAGCACAAAGUAUUGAAGUGAACGGAUCUUUAUAUUUACCAGAAAAACAUAAAGGAAGUUAUGAAAUAGAUAUUGUAGUAAACGAAGAACUUGCCAAUAAAACUUACACGUUCAGUUACGAAGUUUUCACUGGAGCUCUUUAUACCUAUGUGUUCCGAGAAGACCCUCAAACCAAGUACGAGCUUGAUAAGUACACGGAUGUAUACCGAAAUGAUGUCAACAUAUUUUGGAUGAUACCGCAGUACUUUAUAAUUACUUUGGGCGAAGUUUUCUUAUCUGUUACUGGCCUUGAGUUUUCCUACAGUCAGGCCCCGCCGAGCAUGAAGUCAAUCCUCCAAUCCUUAUGGCUUCUCACGGUUUCUAUCGGCAACAUUAUCGUCCUUAUCGUGGCUGAAGCAAAACUUAUCCCGAAUCAGGCGGAUGAAUAUUUCCUGUUUGCGGGUCUAAUUGGUGUAGCGGCCAUCUUGUUUGUGAUUCUCUCAAUGAGAUACGAAUAUGUUGACGAAUCGGAAUUUUACGAGGCUGAGGAAGAUGGGGUUCAUUUAGAAGAAGAUGGAUUCAAUGGUGGGGUUAUUGAAGAUAAGAAGAGAAAGCUCUCAGAGCUAUCAGAUGUUGAGAUCAAAAAUGGUGGCGUAAAUGGGGUCACUAAUGGAGGUUUUGAGCACAAUACGGCGAUAUAGGUUGGGGUGUGGUAGGUGGUAGAUAGGAUGCUUGUAGAAAACAUAGAUGGUAUUGGGUAAUUUUCAAGUAUUCCAGUUGUUAUUAUUAAAAUAUAAAAUUGUUUUAUGACAUUUGACCUGUGUGUCAACCCAACCCCAACUAUUAAAUAUGUAAUGGCUUGUUUUAUACCAAAACUAUUUUGGGGGUAUUUUGCCAAAAACCUAUUUUGGGGUAAAGGCCAACUUUAAGUUAAUGUAUUAUGGGGUAUUGAGCUGAUUUUGGAUUAGUUUCUGUUAUAUUUAACCCAAUAUUUGUUAAUUACAUUAAAACGCAUAACUAUUUUACCGAUAUUACGAAUUAUAUAUUAUUUUUUGGGUAACGAGCCAACUUUUUGGGCUAAAUUCUCACCUAUACAGAAUAUGCCUAUGAUAUAAAGGUACAACUCUGGUUUUGAAUGCGUUUAUUUUGACAUGUAUUUCAACAGUGUAAAUGUAAAGUAGCACGAGCACUUUCCACCUAGUACUUUGUAAAUGGGUUGCACUAUAGUAAAAACACAUUACGCUAUAAUGUAGUAAAGUAUCUUG